AUGAUGAGAGAAAUAUUCCUUCUAUUCCUCCUCUUCUGUUCCUUGAUCGAAUCUUCAGCUUCAAAGAACACCAUUAAAGACCAUCUUCAGAGGGGUUCCUCUCUAUCUGUUGAUGAUAGUUCAGACGUCAUAAGGUCCCCAGACAACACUUAUACCUGUGGCUUCUAUGGUUUCCAAAGCAAUGCUUAUUGGUUCGCAAUUUGGUUCACGAACUCCAAAGAGCGCACAGCGGUCUGGACAGCCAACCGCAACACACCUGUGAAUGGCCGUGGAUCAAAGAUGACAUUUAGGAGAAACGGAGCCAUGGUUUUGACAGAUGUGGAUGGCAUGGUCGUGUGGGAAACAAACACAACCUCCACAGACGUAAAUAGAGCAGUGCUGCUGAAUACAGGUAAUCUGGUAUUGAAGAACCAAAAAGGUCAGAUUCUUUGGCAAAGUUUUGAUUAUCCAACUGAUACUCUAUUGCCUUCUCAAACGCUAACAAAGAGAAAAAGCUUGAUAUCUGCUUUAAGAAGAGGAAGUUUUGAACCUGGGUAUUUUGUUUUGAGCUAUAACAGUAUUAACGUGUUAAUACUGACUUACGACAGCCCAGAAACAACAGUUUCGUACUGGCCUAGUCCCGAUCCUGGAUUUGAUGUCUGGUCUUACGGAAGAACUUCAUACAACACCAGCAGAAUCGCAUUCUUUGAUGAUUUUGGUGUAUUUAGGUCAACCGAUCGGUGGCAGUUUAAUGCUUCAGAUAUGGGUUUUGGGAUCAGAAGAAGGUUAACCAUGGACUAUGAUGGUAAUCUCAGGAUUUAUAGCUUGAACGAUUCAACUGGAUUAUGGUCGAUUUCAUGGCAAGCUAUUGCACAACCAUGUAGUGUUCACGGAAUCUGUGGGAGGAAUGGAAUCUGUGAUAACGGAGUACUACAAUCGGAAUGUUCAUGUCCACCCAACCACCAGCAGACUAACCCUACUGAUGUAAGUCAGGGUUGUACGCCUACUUUCAAUACAACAUGUUCAAACUCAACAAAGUUUGGAUUUUUGGAAAUGCCGAAUACAGAUUAUUAUGGCUUUGAUUUAAAUUCAAUAGAUGCAUUCUUACCAACUUCGUUCGAUGCUUGUAAGGAUAUGUGUUUACGAAAUUGUAGAUGUAUAGCAUUUAGUUACAGGUUAACUGGUGAAGGAUUUUGCUUUAUUAAAAAUGCUCUUUUCAACGGCUUUCGGUCUCCUAAUUUCCCAGGAAGCAUCUACUUGAAAGUACCGAUUGACAUGGAAACAAGAGAAUCUGUCUCAGUUCUUACUACUUCUAACGCCACAUGUGUAGAUGUCGUCACAGUCAUGGUGGGUUCUCCAUCUAUGUAUGAACCAUCUGAAACAAAGGUGAAAUGGGUUUAUCUUUACUCCUUCGCUAUAGCUAUUGGUGUGGCUGAAGCAUUUGUUAUCUUGUUAGGGUGGUGGCUUUUUUAUAGAAAAAAUGCCCUCCUAACCAGCUUAGAAGAGGGGUAUCGUAUGGUAUCAAGUCAGUUUAGAGGGUUUACUUAUCAAGAACUGGUGAAGGCGACACAAAACUUUAAGGUGGAUAUAGGGAGAGGAGGCUCAGGGACUGUGUAUAAAGGGGUUUUGGAAGAUGAAAGGGUGGUGGCUGUGAAAAGGUUAGGAGAUGUGAGCGAAGGUGGAGAGUUUUGGGCAGAAGUGAGCACGAUCGGUAAAAUUAAUCACAUGAAUUUAGUACGAAUGUUGGGAUUCUGUUCACACAAACGACACAAACUUCUGGUGUAUGAGUACGUGGAAAAUCUUUCUCUUGACCAUAGAUUGUUUUCCAUGACUUAUCUUCAAUGGAAUGAAAGAUUCAAAGUUGCCGUAGGCAUAGCAAAAGGUUUAGCUUAUUUACACCAUGAGUGCCUAGAAUGGGUGAUUCAUUGUGAUGUUAAGCCAGAAAACAUUCUUUUAGAUGAGUCGUUCGAACCAAAGAUUGCAGAUUUUGGUUUGGCAAAGUUGACUCAAAGAGGUGGUCAAAACUCGGAGUUUACUAGGAUUAGAGGAACAAAAGGAUAUAUGGCUCCAGAAUGGGCUAGUAACCUUCCUAUCACGGCAAAAGUUGAUGUGUACAGCUAUGGGGUUGUGGUUUUAGAAAUGGCAAGGGGAAUUCGACUUUCUAAUAUUGUUGUGCAGGAAGGGGAAGAGGAAGAAACCGAGCUUAUGAGGUUUGUAAGGGUAGCGAAAACAAAGCUUCAAGGAGAAGAAAUGGAGUCAUGGAUUGAAGAGAUAAUUGAUUCGAGGUUGGGAGGAUUGUUCAGUAUGAAGCAAGCUUCAAAACUUGUUGAGAUUGGUGUAAGUUGUGUGGAGGAAGACCGCAAUAAAAGGCCUACUAUGGAUUCUGUUGUUCACGAUCUAAUCAAUUGCGAGUCGGAGUAG